UGUUGGAGCGCGGUAGUCUGUCAGUGCGCUCGAACUGUUUCAGGUCCGGAUCCUCAGUGUUGGGACUAGCCUUGGUCUUCCCUUCUCCGUCGGGGUCUGUGCGGGGCCCCUCGGUUGCACAUUUAUUUGUUGUUGCUUGGUGGGUGUCAGUGGAUAUAUGUAGAGUUGGUAGAAGGGAACAACGGAGCGGGCAAUGGCUACGGUAACAUGUAAAGUGCAGUAUUAUGAUGACUUGGACCCUUUUGUCUGCACCAAUAUUCCGGAGCCCAGGAGACCUCCUACUUAUAACUUCUAUGUAGACAUCCCCUUGCAAGAACAGAUCGCUGGGGUGCACAAGCUGCUUGAGGCUCCUCUGAAGCUGGAAGACUGCUCCCUACAAAUAUCACAGAGUGGAAAUUAUUUGGAUAUAGAGUUAUCUUUAGCAGAACAAAGAGAUGAUUUGGAAGUGUUCUUUGAUGAUGUCAGCAAAGGAAAAAAGCCAACUCUUAUUCUUCGCACCCAGCUCUCAGUUCGGGUUCAUUGUAUUCUAGAAAAGUUGUACAAUUCCUCUGGGCCUGAGUUAAGACGGUCCCUCUUCUCAUUAAAGCAGCUAUUUCAGGAUGACAAAGACCUGGUGCCCGAGUUCGUAAAUUCUGAAGGGUUAACAUGCUUGAUCAAAGUUGGAACAGAGGCGGAUCAUAAUUAUCAAAAUUACAUCCUAAGAGCUCUUAGUCAGAUCAUGCUGUUCGUUGAUGGGAUGAAUGGAGUUAUUAACCACAGUGAGUCUGUCCAGUGGCUUUAUAACCUGUCCGGCAGCAUGUCUCGUUUAGUGGUGAAGACAGCGCUGAAGCUGCUGAUUGUGUUUGUGGAGUACACUGAGUCCAAUGCACAGUUAUUUAUACAGGCAGUGAAUGCUGUGGAUAACAACAGAGGUACAAAGCCUUGGACAAAUCUGAUUGAAAUUUUAGAAGAAAAGAAUGGAGCCGAUACAGAGCUGCUUAUUUUUACCGUGACACUUAUUAAUAAGGUAUUGGCAGCUCUCCCUGACCAGGAUUCUUUUUAUGAUGUCACUGAUUGUCUGGAAGAGCAAGGAAUGGAGAAACUCAUUCAGAAACAUAUGCAGAACAAAGCAACAGACCCAGACCUGAAACAUCAGUUUACAAUCUAUGAGAAUGCUUUGAAACAUGAAGAUUGUGAGCAAGAAGAGACACCAAACCGCAGGGACAGGAGGAAGAUGACACCAAACUCGGAUGAGGGAAGAAAAAGCAGACGGUCCACAGGAAGUUGCACUGAAGAUGCCCUCUCAAGUUCUAGUAACUCAGUGUCCUCGUUAUCAAGUUCUACUUCUGAUAAGGUACAACCAUACAGCUCCAGUCAAACUUCUUCUUUGGAUCAUGGACUUACUUUAACUAAGCCUCGGUUUACCUCAUCCCUAAGCCCAACUAGUGACAGAUCACUCCUCAGUCCGAUUCGAACAGACUCAGGAAGUCCUACAUCUAGUUCUAGCUAUGUUCGACUUUCUGGAUCUCGGACUUCAACUGUCUCUCCAGUUUCCUCCCCCUCAGUAAUUUCUCAAAAUGAGACUGUGCUACCUGCAGUGGAUAAAGAAGGAGGAGUUACCCCAAGUGCAUCAUCUCCUUCAUAUAGCAGUGACCGUUACAUUCAGACUCGUCCCUUCGUCAGUAACUAUGUACCAACUUCUCUCAGCUUAGUUAGGAGGCAGCGACUGUCUAGCGGAGGUUCUGUAUUUGAUGAACCAGCUCCCACAUUCAGUCCAAAACAAGCUAUCAGCAAGCCAGACCUCAUUCCAUCAGAAACGUCAGAAGAAAAAGAAAGAAAAAUCUGUACUGCAGAGAGAAGUGUUUUUAAACUUCAGAAAACAGACGUGCACUGGACAGAGGACACUGUUACUGUAAUUAGGGACAAACCAAUUCUGAAAAGGUUUGAAGCUCGAUUUUUGGAAAAUCUUGCAGCUACACAAAGAGAAAAGGAGAAUGUCCGGUCAGCCAUAUCGAAAGGAUGGUUUAACACAUCAACAAGCACCACUCAAGGAGAGUUUGAGUCUCCAGAAAUUGUAAUUACAUCACCAGGAGACAAGGGCAGCAUUACCCCAAGCUCUAGAGAAGAGAAAGCAUCUCUGAGUGAAAAGGAACAGCAGAAUGAGGCUGUGAAUGAGAGGGAGCCAUGUUCUGCCUCCAGUAGUUCGUCUGCUAGCAGCACUUUAGAGAGAGAAGAGAAGGUUCAGAAGCAAGCAGAUGACACUGAAACAUGUAGAACAAUGCUUCGACAGUCCAGCUUGGAUAAGUGCAUCCCCAGUGACAAGAAGUUUAUGCUCGAUAUGUUAUAUUCAAAAAAUAGAAGCAGCAUUUUACCAGUAACCAGUGAAUCUCAGGAAGCAGGCAAUGCAAAUUCUCUGGUGGGGUCCCUGCCACUAUCAAAAGAAAGAGUGGCUAACUGCAUCUCCAGUAUGGAAAACCAGUAUCAGAGGACUGAUGACAGUCAAAGGAGACCAGAUACUGAAUUUACAGGGAACAUUGUGAGGACUGCUGCAGAAAAAUUCUCUGAAUCCCAGACAGGGGUUUACAAGUCACAGUACACCAUAGACACUGAAACCAGUUAUAAGAAUCUAGAAAAGGAACUAACAACUCCUGGUAAAGACUCCGAGUUUACGUGGGAUCAGCUUGAGGCAAAUUCAAGAGUUUUGAAGAUUAAGGAUAUGGACUUUUCAGAUCUUGUUGAUGAGGAAGAUAUGGAUGUUUUGGAUGUUGUGACUUGUGGAACAAGGUAUUCAAAUGGAAUGAUUCCACCCCCUCCUCUUCCUCCAGGCAGUGCAUCUGUACCUCCACCACCACCACCACCCCCAGGUGGUAUGGCACUACCUCCACCUCCACCACCACUGCCAGGAGGAAGCAAUGCACCACCCCCACCACCACCUCCACCCCUAUCUCUGCCCGGUGGAGGCCUUUCUCUUCCCCCUCCACCCCCUCUUUUCUUUGGAUUGUCACAGCCACCUUCACGGCCUGGGGAGUCUGAUGUCAAAAAAGUAAAGACUGUUAAACUCUUCUGGAAGGAAAUAAAACAAGCUGAAGUACCCAGGAAGUGCAAGUUUGGUCGAGGUACUGUGUGGUCAGCACUUGACAAAGUUACUGUCGAUACUGCAAAAUUGGAACACCUUUUUGAAUCAAAAGCUAAGGAGCUUCCUGCAUCAAAGAAAGGUACUGAAAGUAAAAAGCAGGCAGUAAUUGUGCUGGAUCCCAAGCGAAGUAAUGCAAUUAAUAUUGGCUUAACAGUAUUACCACCAGUUCAUAUCAUCAAGACUGCAAUCUUAACUUUUGAUGAAUUUGCCAUCAACAAAGAAGGCAUUGAGAAAAUCCUAGCAUUGGCACCAACAGAUGAAGAAAAACAGAAGAUUCAAGAAGCCCAGCUCGCUAACCCAGAUGUCCCUUUGGGGUCAGCUGAACAGUUUUUGCUGACCUUGUCUUCAGUUAGUGGACUUACAGCCAGGCUACAACUCUGGGCAUUCAAACUGGACUAUGAGGCCAUGGAGAAGGAAAUUGCAGAACCUCUGUUCGACCUCAAGGUUGGAAUGGAUCAACUUGCAAAAAAUAAAACCUUUAAAUACAUUCUGGCAACACUGCUUGAAAUUGGGAACUUCCUCAAUGGCUCCAAGGCCAAAGGGUUUGAACUGAGCUAUUUGGAAAAAGUGUCGGAGGUAAAGGAUACUGUUCACAGGCAAUCACUGCUGCAUCAUGUGUGUAAUAUCGUCACAGAGAGCUUCUCAGAUACUACUGAUCUCUAUUCUGAGAUUCCAGCUAUUACACGAUCAGCAAAAGUUGAUUUUGAUCAGCUGGCUGAUAGCCUGGUUCAGCUGGAAAAGAAAUGCAGAGCAUCAUGGGAUCAUCUGAAGGUUAUCGCUAAACACGAAACUAAAUUAGGUGUUAAGAAUAAACUGACGGAGUUCUUGAAGGAAUGCACGGAAAGAAUAGUCAUUCUCAAAGUUGUUCACAGACGCAUAAUAAAUCGGUUUCAUUCAUUUUUACUUUACCUUGGACAGCCUUCUCACUCCAUUAGAGAUAUAAAAGUUACUGAAUUCUGCAAAAUCGUCAGUGAAUUUGCACUAGAGUUUCGUACCAACAGGGAGCGGGUAAUGCAGCAGAAACAGAAGCGAGCUGCUUAUAGAGAGAGGAACAAGACACGAGGAAAAAUGAUUACCGAGACUGAAAAGUUCAGCAGUGCUGCUAAUACUACGAGUCCAACACAGACGACUCCAGCAAUGAUUCGCUCCCCAAGCUCACAGAAGGCAGAUGAAGAACAUCAGAACCUGAAAAACAUGCUGAUUUCCACAGCAGAAGCACCAACAACACGAAGAAGCAGAGGAGGUCGAAGUAAGGAUAAUACAGAUUCUGUUCAGUUAUUAAGUUUAGGAAGGGUGAGCCCAACAAAUGCACCUUUGAUUAAAGAUGAAGGUGGCAACCCUGAUGAUGCCACUGAUGAAAUUAUGGAUCGCUUAGUAAUGUCAGUAACUCAAAACUCCAACCCAAGACCAUCAACUCCUAAAGAGCGCAAAAGGUCUCGUGCCAACAGGAAGUCCAUGAGAAGAACGCUAAAAAGUGGGCUGACAGAUGACCUGGUCCAAGCACUGGGCCUCGCAAAAGCGUCUGAAAUGCAGGUUUGAAAUGACAACACAAUGGAGAGAGCUGUUACAGAUGGAGAACUGGUGUCUUUUAUAUGGUCUUUGCAAACAAUCCAUAGAACAUGAUGAACUGGAUGCAGUAAUGAACAAUUCUCUUAGAGUUUACAUUUACUGGUAACUUAAUGCAGAUUAAAGUGAGAAGUAAUCUCCUUCAGAAAUACAGUCAAUUCAGUACCACUAGUAGGUUCUUCCAUGUUCAUUCCUAAGCCUGUGGAAAUUACACAUUUUAAAGAAAUGCUGCACUAUUUUUUUGUAUGGGGAUAGAGGUAGUAGUGUUGAACCCCCUUAUGUAAAACCGAAAAUAGAAUCGGCACGACUGUGUUUCGGUUCAGUAAAUCCUAAUUGUAAUAACAUUGUAAACUCUCUGAUCCUGAAUAAGACUGACAAUGCACCACUAUUCUCACCUCUAGGUAAAAAGCAUUUGUUACGAACUUUGUGAAAUAAUGCCUAAAAUGGCGCAAUGCACCACUAUUCGCACCUCUGUGUAAAAAAAGUAUUUGUUACGAACUUUACAAAAUAACGCAUGAAGUGACACAAUGCACUACUAUUCAUACUUGUGGGUGAAAAAAAAAUUUUUUAUGAACUUUGUGAAUAAUGCAUAACGUGACACAAUGCACCACUAUUCACAUAUCUGGGUAAAAAAGCAUUUGUAACAAGCUUUUUGAAGUGCAUAAAAUGACAUGUAUUACUUGCCUUUUCAGGCAGUUGUUUCUUUUGCCUUAGUUACAAUUUGCACAUGAUACUAAGCCAUAGUAUGCAAAUGGAUGCUCUGUUUUUGCAGCAGAAGUAGCCUGAACCGAGCACAAUAGAUUGCACUUAGUUGUAUGCUGCAGCCAAAGCGCACACACUCCUUUUUCUAGUAAAAAUAAAUAAUGUGCAUGCUCCAACUUUCUCUGAAUUCAUUGUAGAGAUUUGGGUGGGCACCACUUUCAGAAUGCAUCAGAUCAAGUAAUUUCUUGGUAAUCUUUCUCCAUUUUUGUAAGUAACAUGAUUUAUCGAUUGCCCUAAUACUUGAUAUUUGCAUAAAAGCUGCAGUUGGAAGUGGGCUGUUGUAUCUUAGAAGGCUAGCAUAACAUGCAGUGAACAAAACAGCAAAAGUUAUACAACUGCAUCACUGUGGUGUACGUUACUGAAAAUGGAAACCUGUUUUAUAGUGCGUGGACUGCAUAUUCAUAUAUUAUGUAGAUAUUAUAUGUUGUGAAUAAAUAUAUAUAGAACUAUAGUUUGCAUAUGGAUUUGCACUGGGAGUGUCAUGCAUAAUGAAUGACCAUGUUUGAACAGUAUUUGAAAGUGAUUAUAUGUCUACAUGCAUUUUCAGUAGGCUGUGUUUCAUUGUCAUGCGGGACACUAGUUAAUUAAUGAGGUGUUCACAUAAAAAGCUGAACAUAUUUCUCUGAGUGUUUACACUAGCAAUGCAUCUUAUCAGUUAAUGAUAAACAUUUAUUGUGGUCUGAACAUGUUAUUGUCUUUCAUUUAAAAAAUGUGUUUUGUUUGAGAACUUCUCACAUUUGUAAAAUGAGUACUUAAAUGCUGUAUUGUGAAUAUAUUUGUUGUACUUCUACCCAUUGUAUGAAUCCUUGUUUUCUGUACAUAAAACAGUACUUAAAAAUGAA